GCGCUGGGCUGCGCUCCUCUUCUUCCCCUGGAGGUAGUCGCUCGCUCCGUCGGUCGGUUGAUGGAGGUGCGGGAGCUGAACCUGAAUCAUCGCUGAAGGAAGGAAGCGCUAAAGCACGCAAGAAGGAAGGAAGGGGGGAAUAAAAAAAAUACUAAUAACGAUGCAGUUUGAGACGCUGCGUCAGUUCUGUAGCUCGGUGCUGUCCCAUUUUAAUGGGGCUUUCAGUGCGCCCCAGAACAUUUUACAGACGGAGCUGCUGGAGCAGGCGCUCAGCAACAUCGGGAAAAGAAGCCCAUCAGCAUCCAGGGACCCGAACCAAAAGUACGACCAAAGGGAGGAGCGGGCCGAGCCCUCACAGUAUGCCCCGGGGGAGGCUGGCAUGCCACGAUCACCAUCCGACUACGGGGCCGGGGAGCGGCAGCGGCGCGGAGGCUAUGGCCCCUACGAGGAUGCAGAAUCGGCGCGAGGGGCAUACCGUGCUCGGCGAGGUGGAUGGCACUCUCAGGAGGAAUACCCACCUGAGCCAGGAUUCAUCCCUGAUGGCCCACUGCUGAGCGAGCAUGAGCUGCAGAGGCAGCGACAGGAGGAGUACCAGACCCGUUACCGCAGCGACCCUAACCUGGCCCGAUAUCCGGUCAAACCGCAGCCAUACGAGGAGCAGAUGCGGAUGCAUGCUGAAAUGUCCCGCUUUCGACAUGAGCGUCGCCAUAGCGACGUCUCACUGGCCUAUACAGAAAUGGAUGAUCGCUUGGGACCCCCUCUUAGGCCUCAUUACCCUCCUGGUCCUGGUCAUCCUCACCACACCCACCGGACAUCCAACCACAGCCCGCCGGCGGGGAGUGGACCUGUUGGGGUGGAACCACCACCGCUGAGGCGGAGUCAGCAGCACCUGGAACCCGGCUCGGCUGUGCGCAAGAGCAAGCGGGAGAAGAUGGAGAGCAUGCUGCGCAACGACUCACUCAGCUCUGACCAAUCUGAGUCUGUGCGGCCGCCGCCGCCCAAACCGCACAAAAGCAAGCGUGGGGGAAAGAUGAGGCAGGUGUCCCUCAGCAGCUCUGAGGAGGAACUGGCCACAACGCCAGAGUAUACCAGCUGUGAGGAUGUGGAGAUCGAGAGCGAGUCAGUCAGCGAGAAAGGAGAUUUAGAUGGCCACUGGUGGGACCAUGCGACGUGGCAUAGCAGCGAUACCUCCUCUAUGUCUUUGCACCCUGUCACGUGGCAGCCGUCCAAAGAUGGGGAUCGGCUGAUUGGCCGGAUUUUGCUCAACAAGCGCCUGAAGGACGGGAGCGUGCCGCGGGACUCCGGAGCGCUCCUGGGUUUAAAGGUGGUCGGGGGGAAAAUGACAGAGUCUGGUAGACUUUGUGCAUUUAUCACCAAAGUAAGGAAAGGAAGUCUAGCAGACACUGUUGGACACCUCAGACCAGGUGAUCAAGUCUUGGAGUGGAAUGGGAGGAAUUUACAAGGAGCCACAUUUAAAGAAGUUUACAAUAUCAUUUUAGAAUCAAAGCCAGAGCCUCAGGUGGAACUAGUCGUCUCCCGGCCUAUUGGAGAUAUCCCCAGGAUACCAGACAGUGCACAUACACAGCUGGAAUCAAGUUCCAGCUCUUUUGAGUCGCAGAAAAUGGAGCGGCCGUCCAUAUCCGUCACAUCCCCCAUGAGCCCCGGCAUGCUGCGAGACGCACCCCAGUACUUAUCCGGACAGCUCUCAGUCAAACUCUGGUACGAUAAAGUGGGCCAUCAGCUCAUUGUCACCAUCCUGGGGGCCAAGGACCUGCCUUCGCGGGAAGACGGCCGGCCGAGAAACCCCUAUGUCAAAAUCUACUUCCUCCCAGACAGAAGCGACAAAAGCAAGAGAAGAACAAAAACAGUAAAGAAAUCACUGGAGCCCAAAUGGAAUCAGACUUUUAUGUACUCUCCCGUGCACCGGCGGGAGUUUCGGGAGCGCAUGCUUGAGAUCACGCUGUGGGACCAGGCGCGUGUCCGAGAGGAGGAGAGUGAGUUCCUGGGAGAGAUUCUGAUCGAACUGGAGACAGCGUUGAUGGACGAUGAGCCUCACUGGUACAAGCUGCAGACACAUGACGUCUCCUCAGUGCCCCUGCCCAAGAGCUCCCCCUACCUGCAGAGAAGAACACUGCAUGGAGACAGCACUGCACGCAGACUGCAGAGAUCUCAUAGGAUUAGUGACAGUGAGAUCUCCGACUAUGACUGUGAGGACGGUGUUGGAGUCGUGUCAGAUUACAGACAAAAUGGACGGGACCUUCAGAGCUCCACUCUUUCCGUGCCAGAGCAGGUCUUGUCGUCCAAUCACUGCUCGCGGUCGGCGGACAUAAACCGAGCGCGCUCACGGUCACCUAGUGUUCCCCCUCCUCAGAGGAAUUACGGUGCACCGGACAGGCACGAAUUUCACCACAGGUCCCGUUCGGCUGACCAGCGGCCCGCUAUGGAACGUUCCAUGUACACCCGCUCCCGCUCCACAGAGCGACCCCCAGACGGCCACCACAUGAGAUCGUCCAUGCCCACCCUGCCAUCCGGACACUCUGCGCCACCCUCCCCCGCCUUAACGAGGGCGCACCCCCGCAGCGGAUCGGUCCAAACCAGUCCCACCAGCACGCCCAUGAACAGCAGGAGAGGCCGGCAGCUACCACAGCUGCCUCCGAAGGGAACACUAGAGAGAAAAGAUGGACGGGAAGAAGUCGAGCCGUAUCCAGGUGCCAUGGACGUGGAGGAAAGAGCACGGCAGAUGAAGCUAAAGGUGGAAAAGUUUAAGCAGGGAGCUGCGUCCGACUCCAGGCUGGACCAAGACCACCAUUUAAAGCGGACAGGCAGGGACGGUCAGCGAGGGACGGAUAACCUCUCGGCCAAGUCAUCAGACAGCGACGUGAGCGACGUGUCCGCUGUGUCGAGAAGCAGCAGUGCCUCUCGCUUCAGCAGCGCGAGCUACAUGUCCGUCCAGUCCGAACGGCCGCGGGGCAGCCGCAAGAUCAGCGACUUUACAUCCAAAAUGAAAAACAGGCAAAUGGGCGUGACGAGUGGCAGCAACAUGACCAAAAGCACCAGCAUCGGUGGAGAGAUAUGCAGCCUGGAGAAGACGGACGGCAGCCAGUCGGACACAGCCGUGGGCCUGGUGGGCACAGACAACAAGAAGAGGCGCUCCAGCAUUGGGGCCAAGAUGGCUGCAGUGGUGGGCAUGUCCCGCAAGAGCCGCAGCGCCUCACAGCUCAGCCAGACAGAAGCCGGAGGGAAGAAAUUGCGAAGCACGAUUCAGAGGAGCACAGAAACAGGCCUGGCUGUGGAGAUGAGAAACAGAAUGACCCGGCAGGCCAGUCGCGAAUCCACAGACGGAAGCAUGAACAGCUUUAGCUCCGAGGGAAACCUCAUCUUCCCUGGAGUGAGACUGUCUUCAGACAGCCAGUUUAGUGACUUCCUGGAUGGACUAGGCCCUGCUCAACUGGUGGGCAGACAGACUUUGGCCACACCUCCUAUGGGCGACAUUCAGAUCGGAAUGGUGGAGAAGAAAGGAGCCCUGGAGGUGGAAGUCAUUCGGGCCAGAGGCCUCGUGGGGAAACCAGGAUCCAAGGCACUGCCAGCCCCUUACGUGAAGGUCUACCUUUUGGAGAAUGGAGCCUGCAUAGCCAAAAAGAAAACAAAAGUAGCACGCAAAACCUUGGACCCUCUUUACCAGCAGCAACUGUCAUUUGAGGAGAGUCCAGGAGGGAAGGUCUUACAGAUCAUCGUGUGGGGAGACUAUGGGCGAAUGGACCAUAAAUCUUUUAUGGGAGCUGUUCAGAUUCUUUUAGACGAGCUGGACUUGUCCAACAUGGUGAUUGGCUGGUUCAAGCUCUUUCCUCCUUCCUCGUUGGUGGACCCGACGUUGGCCCCCUUGACUAGAAGAGCUUCCCAGUCGUCUCUGGACAGCGGGUCUGGACCAUUCGGUCGCUCGUAGCGGUGCGCUGAUCGGUAGCGUUGUUGUAGCAGCCAGUGGGCGGGAGUUUUCAGAUUUUGCGACGGGUCGCGCCCCUCCCCCCGGUAACACACUGCAUGCUUGGUGUUGUGUCUUCUGAGCCUGUUUCUUAGGGGAGAAAAUAAAAGCGGUCCUGUGUUUGCUCGCAAAAAACAAAAAAAUAACGAUGAUAAUAAAUAAAACCUGAAACCUCGCACAUCAUCGUGCAUGAAGAGUGCCCCCACCAGACGGGGAACAGGCAGAUAAAGGAAGCUGGAGAUGGACUCCUGUUUUGUCCUAUUUGAAGCCAUUGGGUAUGGGUUUGAACUAGGAACCAGUGACUGAGUUCUACAGAAGCCCUGUUUUGUUUUUUUUGGUUUUUUUUUGAAACACAAGGAGGAAAAAAAAAUUAUCGUUACGUUUUCUUUCUCUUCCAUUUUUGUUCAUUGUUUGUUUUAAACGUUGAUGUAUUUGUAUGUAAAUGGGCUAACAGUGUUUCUUAUCAGAGCCUGGGUCAUGCCAUGCCAACAGAUCCAGAGAUACACACUGAGAGCUUGAAUUAUAGUGAGACUGCGCAGAGUACGAGCCCUAAUCAGUGGCCACAACCUUAAACCACCUGCACAGAUAUGCACACAUUGUAGUUGAUCACGAGACUGUUUGUAGACUUUUAAAAUGCAAUACAGAGAAGGCUGUCAGCAUCUGUAAAAGUGAAGAUCUGAAAUCCUAACAGGAAUGGAUUCUCUGUUGAUGUUGUAUGUAAAGGGGACUCUCUUUUUUGUUUUUGGUUAUUAUUUAUUUGAUUUUAUUUUUGCAUGGACACAA